AUGUCUGUUAGGGCCACAUCCACUAGCAUGCUCCGUCGAGCGCUGGCCGGUGCUCGGUUGACUACGCCCGUUUCCGAGACACUCAGGCCUGCGGCAUUGAACACAUACCGAAAUGUGUCGAGCGCCUCGCGUCUGCCUACCCUCACAGCCUCAGAAACUCGUCGCCGGCCGACAGUACGGCCGCACCAGCAGCCUGUGGUACAGAAUGGGGUCAACGGCUUGUCUCCCACUAGCAAGCGGACCAUCUUCAUUCAGACGGAAAACACACCCAACCCCGAUGCUUUGAAGUUCAUUCCUAACCACCGCGUCCUUCCCGAGGGCUUCCCGACCACUUUCCUCGAAUACCUCUCCCCUCGCUCUACGCUCUCUCCACCACACCCGUCCCCUCUCGCAGCCAAGCUCCUCGACGUCGAGGGCGUGACCUCCGUCUUCUAUGGCCCCGACUUUAUCACCGUGACCAAGGCCAGCGACGCGCAAUGGGCACACAUCAAGCCUGAGAUCUUCAGCCUGAUCACGCAAGCCGUGACGGCCGGCGAGACGAUCGUAACCACUGUGGAGUCCGAUGGCUCGGAGAGCACUCAGGAAGGUGGUGUGAGCGACUCUCUCUCCUUUGACGAGGAGGACGAUGAGGUUGUCAGCAUGAUCAAGGAGCUGCUGGAGACCCGUAUCCGCCCCGCGAUCCAGGAGGAUGGUGGUGAUAUCGAGCUGCGGGGUUUUGAGAAUGGUAUUGUCAUGCUGAAGCUGCGGGGCGCUUGCCGGACUUGCGACUCGAGCACUGUGACGCUGAAGAAUGGCAUUGAGUCGAUGUUGAUGCACUAUAUCGAGGAGGUCAAGGGUGUUGAGCAAGUUAUGGACCAGGAAGAGGAGAUUUCCAUGCACGAGUUUGCCAAGUUUGAGGAGAAGUUGCGCCAGCAGAAGGGCCCUGCUGCGACGGCCAGCAGCUCGAUCGACAACGCUCCAUAA